AUGCUGUUGACCAAUGGAAAACGCGUGGGAACCAGCAACCCUACAAGAUUCCACCCUCUUUUCGCACUGCACCUCGUCAUGGGCUCCUUUGCUAUUCCUGGUAGUAAAUUUAUAUCCAAUUUACUUCAAUAGGGACUCAUCUGGCAAUAAAAGAUGACAAAAAUGUUUCGGGGAGCUUCACACAUGUUCAUGAGGGAAAUAUUUUUGCAAACGUUGCUGGUCAUGUUGUUACUGAAACACAAUCAGACGGAACAGUAUUUAUCUGCAGUUGAUCAACUUGUUUUUAGACCGUCUACUCUAUAAAACCUAUUCGGCAGGCGUUACCGAUCCCGUCUAUUGGCUCCAUUGUACUCGCAAAGGUAGGCCGAACGUGUCUGUUCGUACAUAUGUACGGAAAGAUAAUCAUAUGAUUAUCUUUCCGGCAAUGACCUGUGCGGAUUUUAACUUAAUCCGGCCCACAUAAUGGUCUUGUUUCCAGAGUUCAAAUGCACUUCGUAUUCUAGGUCUGAGGUCGAACUUUAGCUGGAGGCAUCCGCAUCAGGACUUCUGAAUCCUUAUCUAGUACUGUUGGUACGAAAAGGAUCGCUGUGCGUAGGCGGUAUAUCUGACCUAGGAGCCUAAUUUUAACAACGAUAAGCAGGCCAUUUAUUAGAAAUUUACUCACGCAAAUAUUCGAUCGCAGAGCAUAACCUUACAUCCCUGACAACAAUGUACUAGCCCUUGUCUUGCCCCAACCCUCUACCACCGAACCAUCUGUUGCCAUUAGGAAUGUUAACUUAUGUUAGAAGUGCGUCCACGGAUCGGGUUGCGUAACAUGUUCUUCCCGUCCUAUCGUUCUCUUUGCCUCAGAUUUUUUCAUCAACGAACAUAUUUGCUGUUUGAACGAACUCUUAUUGUAUGUAGCGAAAAACUUGCAUUCAGACAUUGGUAUUACCUCUAAUAAAACGAAUGACACUUAGAAAUGCGUUAUUUGAUUUUGAAUACUUGGAACUUUAACAAGUAAGCGGUAUAUCUCCGAGCGUUUGAAGGGCUUUUGAUAGACGGGAUUUCCCGUUUGCUUAUACUAGACUCCUCAUGCACUGACCUACACUUUCUACUUCAGAUCACAAGCAUCACUCGACGCUUUGCUCGGUGUGACUUAGUUGCCGUCGGCGACCGACCACUUGCCGGUCCUUUCCGUGGCAUGAUCCGGCGUGAAGACAUCAGAUCCACCC